CGGACAUCAUUCAGUCUCUGUCCAAGUCCUUGCUUACCUGUGUCUCCCCAUCUACAAGAUCCUACGGACAUCCUUCCUUCUCCGCCGCCUCUCCUGCCCUGUGGAAUAAACUACCCUCUGACAUCAAAGAAAUCUGAAUCCUACUGAUGGCAUAUCUUGUAGACAAUUGGAAUGAAGAGGACAUGCAAGAAAUCAGGAAUCUCUUGAGGAAGCCCACAGCCCAAACAGAGCAUGGUGAGCUCAGGGGCAUACUUAAAACAGUCUUGAGCCAAGUUACCCGGGGAUUGGACAUGUCACCCCUCUUCACUGAUAUUGUCAAGCUCUGUGCUACCGUGAGCAUAAUUGAGAAGAAGCUGGCCUAUCUGUACAUGACUACAUAUGCACGUAAGAAGCCUGACCUGGCCUUGCUUACAGUCAACACAAUACAGAAAGACUGUUGUGAUGCUAACCCGAUGAUCAGAGGAUUGGCUCUCAAAACACUCUGUUCUUUGAGACUUGGUGAGCUGAUUGAAUACACCAAACACCCAUUGCUAGCUGGCCUGAAGGAUAAGAGUGUCUAUGUCAGGAGAAUAGCAGUCUUGGGCUGUCUGAAGGUCCAUCACCUCAACCCUCAAUUUUCAACAGAUCAUGACAUCGUUAACACGCUAUAUGAGAUGCUGAGAGAUAAGGAUGUAAUAGUCAUCACCAACUGCUUGAUGGCUCUUGAAGAGUUACUACUGCAGGAGGGAGGAGUGGUCAUUAACCAGAAGAUAGCACAUUAUCUUAUUAACAGAUUGUCCGAUUUCACUGAGUGGGCUCAAUGUUGCAUCUUACAGUUGCUCUUGAAGUACAGACCAGAAAAUGACGAGGAAACGUUUGAUAUGAUGAAUGUACUGGAGAUUUAUCUGAAGCAUACCAAUUCCGGUGUGUGCAUGGCUGCUAUACGCUUGAUGUUGCACCUCACGAAAGAUUUGCCGGACAUUAUUCAAGAUGUAUAUAAGCGACUGAAAGGUCCUCUAGUUAGUCUACUGAGCAGUGACCGUCCUGAGUUGGUGUACACAUCGCUUUGCCAUCUAGAGUGGCUGAAUAUCAAGGCACCUGGAAAACUGGACAAAUACUACAAAAAGUUCUUCUGCAGAUACAAUGACCCAGGCUACAUCAAGUACAAGAAAGUUGAGCUGCUGGCAAUACUCUGUACAAAUGAGUCACUUAAAGACAUCACAGAAGAACUCAGUGUAUAUGCAACAGACGUCUCAGUCCUUCUAUCUCAGUUUGCUAUCAGAGCUUUGGGACAGCUUGCAAAGAUGAAUCCUGCAUUUACCUUAACUUGCAUUGAAGCCAUGUGGAGUCUUCUCUUCUUAGAGCUGGACUCUGUCUCCUCUGAAAUCUUAGUGGUUUUUCAUGAUAUUCUAAGAUAUGAGAACCUGAUUGACUACAUCACUGGUGUGAUUACGAAGUUGCCAGUUUGUGAGCAUGUUGUCCAAGAUCCCAGGGGGAAAACAGCUUUGGUCUGGUUGAUAGCACAACAUGGCAAGGAUCUCCUUGAUGCUCCAUACAUUCUUGAAAGUAUGCUUGAUUCCUGGGAAGAAGAGCCCAGCAAGUUGGUCAAACUCAGUCUCCUCACAACUACCACCAAGCUCUUCUUUUCAAGGCCAGCUGAGUGUCAAGAUAUGCUGGGCAAAGUUCUGCAACGCUGCAUUGAAUCCAGUGAUGAUCCUGAUGUUCGAGAGAAAGCACUGAUGUACUACAGACUCCUGAGCAAAGAUGUACAAAAGGCUAGAGAUAUCAUCUGCACAUCUCAACCACAUUUGGGGAUUCUACCAACUGAUGGAACCAGCUCAUUGUCAUCCAAUCUUCAGCAUUUCAACUCUGUAGCUUUACUCUUUGGGGCAGACAAAUGGCAAGAGGUCCAGCAAUCUAAACUCAUUGGAAAAUCCAAGGUCUACUCCCAGUCACUACACCCAGUGACUGUAUCAAAACCUGAUGAAACUGAGCUGUGCAUGCCCGAGACAAGUCAACUGCUUGACCUGAAUGAGGUAACAACUGAGAUCAGAUCAGACGUGACCUCGCAAGUUGUAUCUGAGAUCAAGUUUGCUCCAACCAUCAGCUUGUCACCUGAGGAAUUUGAGGGGAAAUGGAUGUUAUGGAAAAGCAGCAAACAGCAGCAACUUCCACUGUUGGAGUCAGUACCUCCAAAUGAUAUCCAAGAUCGCUUGGCAGGAUUAGGCUGGCAAGCCAUGGCAAUAUCCCCAGAAGGCUCGGACCCUUGGAAGGCAUUCCUGUAUGCAAAGGAGGCAAACACUGAUCAGCUUUACCUAAUGGAGGUUAACCUACAUUCAGAGACUGACCUCCUGACCUUUGACAUUAAGUGCCAGGAAGAUCAACAGUGGGUGACAUCUGCGGUAAUGAAAUUAAUUCUUGAUGCUGUUUCUUGAAGGCACUGCACUUCUCAGUGAACAUUAUGCAAUAUGACAAAGUUGGACUUCAUUUGACAUUAUCUGAGACCGAGUGAUUCCCAAUUACAAUUCCCCAUAUGUGCAGCACUGCUACUCAUAGUGUGAUCCUGGCUACACAAGAAAAAUGACCAAUUGAGAGACCAUGGCAUUUGAAAGCUCAGGUGACAGAGAACUGAUGCAGCAUCCUUGAAAAUACAGACUCAAUGCCAGCCUGUAUUCAUAUUUUUUAUUCAACUAAACAUUUAUUGAAACUGAAUCUAGUCAUUGUUUCUCAUGUGAUUUUUGUUAAUCUUGGUUUCUUUUGCCCCUUUUUUGUCCUGCGUUAAACUAUCUCUGAUACAAAGUGGCUUCACUCAUGUAAGACAUUUGUUUCACAAAAAUCUUUCAAGAAUUAAAUGAUUAGCUUAAUGUUCAGUUGAUAGAUACAAAGAGUGUUUUCAGAAACCUAGAUUAUUUUCCACUUUGUUUGAUGAAUUUUAUGUUUUAAAAUGUUAAGUGCAGUAAAAAUUUAAAGAAAGCAAUGCAGCACAAAUAAAGUUUUCUUAGAAGUCCAUGACAUGGCCUACUGAAAAUAUAUAAUGCCAUACCAUGUGUAUAGUUUGUAAUCAUAAUCAUAAAUAAUACUGAAUAUACUAAUAACAACAGGCAUUCCCCGCCUAA